CCUUAACACAAAGGAGCUGGGAAAGAGGAGCGCGAGGCGUUUAAUGUGGCACCAUCCUGCUCUGUGAGCUGCUCCGUGACCGAGCCGCCACCUGGACGAGAACCGGUACCGGCCCAUCUGCUCCCACCGCUCACCGCUGAGUCCGAUGACGAAGCACGACCCGAACGAGGCCCCUCCCCCUUACUACUGCACCGUGGUGCCAUCGUGUCCCCCCGCGUAUGGCGAGGGUCCCGGCUCGGCUCCUCCCAUCCACCCACACUACAUCCCAGAGUGUCCACCGGCGGCAGGUCCCAACGGCAAAACACACCCAGCACCGCCCAGCGAUGCGCCCGUCAGCACCACGACGAGAUGCUGUGGGACCAAAACACACUGCUUUGGAGGCUCCGGCCUAGUGGGCUUUGCUCUGCUGGCGCUGGCCAUCUGGCUCGGAGUUCGCUACGGCGGCAGGCUGGUGAGCAUGGUGGAGCUGGACGAGGAGGACGACGACCACACGCGGGACUUCCUGCCGCCGCCCAAGUACGAGUCCUGCCCCAACAGCACGGUGGAGUGCGACGGGGUGAAAGACUGCCGGCUGGGCAGCGACGAGACCAACUGCGUGAGGUUCGGGGACGACGACGCCCUGCAGGUCAGGACCUCGCUGGACGCCCGCUUCCUGCCAGUGUGCUACCAGGGCUGGAACCGGAGCUACGCCGACCAAACCUGUGCCCAGCUGGGUUUCAGAAGGUCUUACGCCUCCAACGCCGCUCCGUUCCGCGCCUCCGCCGGGUUAGCGCUGACCUGCGGACCAUCAAUGCCUCUCCAGAGUCAGCUGCACGUCAGUUCUUCCUGUCCAUCCCAGGAAGCCGUCUCCCUGCAGUGCGUGGACUGCGGCCGGACCCGCUCGGCCUCUCGAAUCAUCGGGGGCGCUCCCUCCCAGCUGGGCCAGUGGCCGUGGCAGGUGUCGCUUCACUUCAGAGGGUCUCACGUUUGCGGAGGGGUUCUGGUCUCUGUUGAUUUUGUGGUGACCGCCGCCCACUGCUUUCCGAGAAACGUCGUCGGGGCCCUUUCACCGGAGAACUGGAGGGUGUAUGUUGGCUUUAUAUCUCUAGCCAAACUACCUCUGCCUUACUCAGUGAAGAGCAUCCUACUCCCUGACAACUACAACAAUAAGACUAACGACAUGGACAUCGCUCUGCUCAGACUCACAUCCCCAGUUAAUCUCAACGAAAACCUCCAACCAGUUUGUCUGCCAACAUUUGACCAGCCGCUUCCCCCAGGAACCAAGUGUUGGACCUCAGGCUUCGGCACCACCGUUGAAGGGUCAAACAUCGUGUCCAAGUAUCUGAUGGACGUUUCUGUGAGCAUCAUCGACACGCCGACGUGUAACAAACCCCAAGUGUAUGGAGGCGCCGUGACGCCCAACAUGGUCUGCGCUGGAGAAAUGCAGGGAGGCAAAGACUCCUGUCAGGGCGACAGUGGGGGGCCUCUAGUGUGUCUGAGGAACAGUCGUUGGUUCCUGGUGGGAGUCACCAGCUGGGGAGUGGGCUGUGGUGAGAAGAACAGGCCCGGUGUCUACACCAGAGUCAGCUGCCUCCUGCCCUGGCUCUACAGGAACAUGCAGCAAGAGAAGCCAUGAUGAAAGGGGCGUCACGUUCAGGACGUCCUGUUAGAGUCUGCUUUGCCCUGUGAACCAGGCACUGUGGAGUAGUUGUAGCGCGGUGAAUGGGUUCAGACACAGUACAGAAGACUCAAAGAUAAGAAGGCGCCAAAGACAGGAAGUAUAAUGGGUGAAAGGUGAAAGGUCACAUUCUCAGUUGAAGGAGUGGCAGAGCAACAAAAUGCCAAAUCUGUUCUUGGAUAUUAUAUAUUGGCUUACUAGUCAUAACUUGUACUUCAAGCUUUACAGAUGUGCUCUAUGCCAAUGAAACAUUUCUACUUUGAUCUGUUUUAGAAUUAUACACAAAAUAUAUUUAUGACGGUGACCCUGUGAAAUGGAACCUCCUCCUGUUGUCACACUAUGAAGCUUCCUUAUUCGUAGAUUUGUCAGCGUAUGUUCUCUAGUGUAUGUGAUGUAUACGUACUGGACAUGCUAUUUUAAUUUAUAUUUAUCCUAGCAUUUCCCUUGGUAAUAAUAAAAAAUCAAACUGACCACUAGAUGAUUACAAGCUGUCAGAGCUCUGUGGUUGGUCUACAGUACACACACACACACACACACACACACACACACACACACACACACACACACACACACACACACACACACACACACAGGGGCACGGGGAGAGAGGGAGAGAGAUGGAGAGAAAGAGACACAUAAUGUGUUCAGCAGACUGAAUAAGCAGUCAGUGCUGGAGUCACAUUGUUUCCCAUCACAUCUAUUUUCACUGAACAAGUGGUUGCAGGGUUCCUACAGGAUACAGACUGAUGAGAAUAUCUGGACCAAGAGCCUUGUGAGCGCGGGCUGAUUGUGGGUGGAUUUCUGAUAUCUGUUGGCCAGUGGAUAAACAAGAGUUGCCAUGGAAACCGUUUUGCUCUUCCUCUCGUCGCUCUUGGUGUGCGUGGCUGCUGUUUCGGACCCCGACGCGCAGGGUGAG